AUGAGUGAUUGUGUUCAAGUUAAUUUACGAAUUACUACAAAUAGUAAUCAAGGAAAUCGAAAAUAUAUGGAAGAUACAUAUGCAAUUGCUCUUCAACGUUUAAAUCCAACAGAUAAAGAAAGUCCAAUUUCCUUAGCUUAUUUUGGUAUAUUUGAUGGUCAUGGUGGAAAAGAAGCAGCUGAAUUUGCUCGACAACAUUUAUGUCAACAUAUUCUUGAACAUGAUGAAUUUUGGUCAGAAACUUCUGAUGAUAAACAAAUUCUUGGAGCUAUUCGAAAAGGUUUUCUUUCAUGUCAUAACGAUAUGUGGAAUCAUGUAGAAAAAUGGGCAAAAACAUCAUCUGGUUUAACUAGUACCUCAGGUUGUACUGCAAGUGUAAUAUUUGUACGUGGAAAUAAAUUAUAUAUUGGACAUGUUGGAGAUUCAUCGAUAGUUAUCGGUGAAGGUGAUACAUUAUAUAAAUGUUGGAAAGCAAAUCGUAUAACACGUGAUCAUAAACCAGAAGAUCCAUCCGAAUUAAAACGUAUACGUGAAAGUGGUGGAAAUGUUCUUUGUAAAGCUGGUGUUCAUCGUGUUGUUUGGAAUAGACAAAAAUUAAUAACAUCAUCGAAUUAUUAUCGAAAUGAACAUUUAAGAACAACGGUUGAAUAUGAACAAAUACCAUUUUUAGCUGUAUCACGUGCAUUAGGAGAUUUAUGGAGUUUAAACAAACAAACAAAUCUUUAUUCUGUUUCACCUGAACCUGAAUUAACUGUUAUUGAAAUUGAUCCAAAUAAACAUCGAUGUUUAGUAUUAGCCAGUGAUGGAUUAUGGAAUAUGAUUACACCAGAAGUAGCUGUAGAAAUUGUUAGAAAUUGUGAUGUGAAAACAGAAGAAAUGAUUUUAAAUUCAGAGGAUGAUGAUGAUCGUCCAUUUCGUAAUCCAUCACAUGAACUUGUACAAAAAGCAUUAGUUUUAUGGCGAGAGCGAAUGUUACGUGCUGAUAAUAUAACUUGUAUUACAGUUAUGCUUGAUCCACCUGGUCCACCAUUUAGUGAAUGUAUUUUAAAUAAGAAAAAACAAAUGUCUUUAUCAACAUCUUCAGCUUGUUUGGAAGAUACUAAUGAAACAUCACCAAUGAAUACGGAUCAAACACCACGAAAACCUAAAAUCGGUGUACAACGUAAAGAACAUAUUCUUACACCAAUUUCAAAUGGUUCAACACCAAUACGAACUCCUAAACGUCCUGCAUCGGAUGAUGUCACUGAAAUAUUCGAUGAUACACCACGUCGUAAAUUAAUAAAAAUCAAUCAACAAAAAGAGAAUGAUACAUCACCAGUUUUAGCAACUGAACAAGUUCUUCCUUCGAUUCCUUUGACAAAUAAUGAUGAAGAUUUUUCACCUGAAAUUCAACAAACACCAACAGCUUUUACAUUGGAUGAUGAUUUAACACGAAAAGUUGAAGAAUGUUUUCGUAAUAAUCCUAAUGAACAACAAUCAGAUAUUGAAAUGAUGGACGCUGAUGAACCAAAUAGUAAUAAUAAUGCGAAACAAAAACCUUCUACACGUCGUCGUUCUCGUUUUCGUUUUUCAUUUUCAAAUAAUCAUCAUUCACCUGAGCAACAACAACAACAACAACAAGAUGAAGAAGAUUUAACAAAAAAAUCUCGUUUAUUUCGAACGCAUUCGGCUUCGAUAAUAAAUCAUGAAAAUGAUGAUAAAAUAAAUGCAACACGUCGACGAAAAUCAUAUAGUACGACUGGAUUAGCAAAUGAACUUAAAAAUAUUCCAAAUAAUCCAACUGAACAAAUACCAAAUAUUGAUAAAAAAUCAACAAAAGCCAAACCAUCAUUAGCAAAUCGGGUUAAACGAGCUUUUUUCCGUCCACAUCGUAAUACAAUCUCUUCUUCAUAA